GGUUGCUCUAGCCUCAGAGGAGGAAAAAAUAGUAGAGUAGAAAACAGCAAAGGAAAUGGAAUGGGCGAGCAGAGUGAUGAGUGCUGUGUCCCGAGCUUCAGGCAAUAACACAGUGAUAAAUGUGUGUCUGAUAGGUUCGUUCGUAGCUUUGAGCGCUAGGUCGAUGAGCCAACAGAGGGACAUUGAAACCCUAGAUGCCGAGAAGGAGUCGCUGCUCAAAGCCAAUAAGUCCAUGAAGAAGGCCAUGUGGGACUGGAAGCAACAGCUCUUCGCCGAAGCCUCCACCGACUCUCCUCUCGUCCCUCUUUCCAACCUCAAAGCCAUCUACGGCGAAUCAUCCACACUUCAGUCUGCUGAAGAUGCUGAGAAGGGAGAUGCAAAAUCACCUGCAUCAAAAAUAUUAAUCUGAGGCUGUUUUGAGUUCACGGAGAUCUGGAGAGAUGUUAAUCUCUCGUGGCUGAUGAGGUAAACCUUAGCGGAUAGAAUCUACAUUCAAAAAACUCUUAGAGAUUCAACUGGUAUGUCAACCAGAAAGUAUAUGGAUUGGUUGGGACAAAGAAUUAUACUUGUGUUAUGUUUCCGAGAGCUUAUUUCAUUUACUCCUGCCAUGCACCCUGCCUCUUUUUUUUUUUUUUUUUUUUUCUUUUUUGCGGUUCUAUCAACUUGUGGCUGCUUUCUUUCGUCAUAUAAGUGAUGAAGUACUGCUGAAUUAGAUAAACACAUGAAUGGAGUCAUUUUGAAUGCUAUGGAAUGCCCCAAGUGCUUUCUCUAAGAAACUUCCCCAUGGGCUCAGUUAAUUGAAAAACUUGACACCAUUGAAGGAUGGGUUUACUAAAUAAACUAUCGCUCACCCAUACCAAUCCAUUAUGUUUUGCUUUGCAAUGUGAGGCAUCUUAUAUAUUA